AUUGAUUAAAUAACCACAAAAGAGCAUGAGUGUCACUACUAUCACACCCAACGACUCUAACACUACCGAAGGAAGCAAGUUCGUGCUGAAAGGAUUCGUAGGCCAAGGGACUAAGGAAAGAACAGAUAGUAUAAGGUAUUCGUUAAGGAUAAUGGAUGAUCAAGAGAGGAAGGAGAGGAAAGAGAGGAAGGAGAGAAAGAAGAGUGUUAAUGUGCAUUUUCAGGAGUCUAAUGUGUUGCAGUUGAUCAAGAUUGAUGAAUGUAAGAGAGAGAUUAGAGAGUUGAUUAAAUAACCUCAAAAAGUCCAAGAAUCUAGUACUUAGCAAGCACUCUAUCUUUAAAAACUAUGUACAUGAAAAACUCGUACUUGAAAAAGAAAGUGAAUCCAAGGCUAAAAGAGAUCAUAAGCAUAAAAUACGCUUGAGUCUUCUAGACGAUGUCUCCUUUUAUCACAAUUUAUGCCAUGAGUUUAAAAUUCAGACUAAAACUAGAAAGCAGAACUACAGGUCUAAGAGAUAUAGCUCUUUGAGAUACCCAGGAGAAAGAAACCUACCAGGGUCAUCAGAAUUGCAGAACUUAAUGCAAGAGAUACGAAAGACGAACAAAAUCAAACACUAUAAGGAACAAUUAAACCCAAUUAAAGCUGCUCCAAAGGUAGAUAUUGUUCUUGAUUUGGUAAAACAGUAUCAUAAAGCCAAAGAUGAAGAGAUGCAGAGCGAUAUUUGCUACAAGGCUACUAUGAAUAAGUUUAUGUCCAUCAAAAAGGAGCAAAACCAGCCUCUAGAAAAUCAAUCUGAAAGCGGAAAGAAUGCCUUCUUGAAUAUCACCUUAAAUGAUGAUGCUAAUUCAAAAGAAGAACUUUACAAAAGCUCUAAAGCAAUGGCAAUGAUGAAGCCAUCUCCUAGUAAAAUGAAAAGAAAGUCUUUCCUCAAAGUUGAAAGUUUCAGUGUUGCUUCUAUAGUAGACCUUAUUGAUUCUCCAGACAGAGUAGAUGUGGGUGAGCAAUCUUUGAUGGCUGAUAAAAUCGAAGAUGCACUUUAUUUUGAGAAUAAAAUUGAAGGUAAAGGACCUCUCACCAGUGAGUAUUCUGAAACUGAAGGUUCAGUGAUGAAGCUAAAAAUGACGAAAGAACCCUCAUCUGUAGCUAAAUCAAAACCGAUAUGCGAAGAAGGAAAGAUAACCAAAGGUCGUUUCACAAAAUCAAAAUUUUCAAAAGGGAGAAAUUUUGGUCAAGAUAAAAUAGAAAGAAUUCUUCCACCCAUAAAAGGAGGAAGAAAUAGUAAUUCUCCCCUCCAACUUAACCGGACAAUGUAUUUUGAUUGCAAGAAUUUCAGAAGAAGCCUUGAUAGCAGUACCCCACAUAGCAGUACCAUCCAGAAAGGAAAAGGAGGCAUGAGAAAGAUGCGAAGAGAUCAAAGAAGGAGUAUAGAUCUAUCAGAUACUAUGUAUGUAAGCACUACAAAGAACAUGAAAGAUCAACUACCAGAAAUUGAUUUGGAUAAUGUCUUGGCUUGUUCCGCUCCCACCAAGAGAUUAAAGAAGUUGACUAAGAGAGGAAAGAUCCGUAAGAAAUUUGGAGAGAAAUAGUUUAACCCCAUAU